AUGACCGCCGCGUCCGCGACGUCGCUGUACGCGUCCAUUGCGCCGCAGUUCACGCGCGAGCUGCCGCGUCCAGGACUGCGCGUGGGCUACGCAGAUGUAGGCGGCGUGUGGCAGCUCCUUGCUCCUUCUUUUCUGCAGCGGCUUCCCCUGCGUGCCAUCGAGUGGCGCAAUCUCGUGGGCGUGACACAGCGCAUCGAUCAGCUUUUUCUGCAUUUUGUCGAAAUGUCCGUCAAAAAUGUCAAAAAAGAGCUCUUUUUGACGUGUCUGUAUCUGGUAACAUGUGAAGAUUUGGACAAGUAUAAAAGCGUUGUCCGACCUGCUGUAGCCGCGUGGAUCGAGGCCAUGACAGCCGCUCACAUCGAGUGGCUUGUGCUCUACGUGCCACUCGGUACGCGGCCAAAAACAGCUGGAACAGAUGCGCCUAAUCCUGUGUAUAAGAAGAUUUAUGACCGAUUACGAGCGGAUUUCGCGCAGAAAAAGAAUGGAGUUUUGGCUGCUGCAAGUGCAUCAAGUAGCUCGUUGUUGCAAGAGAGAGUGUGCAAGCUUGAUGCGUUGGAAGGGACGAGUGUCGUGGGAAAGAGACAGCAGCAGCAUGAAGCUCAGUGGACAGAGGUGCUGCUGCGACUGAGACAUUGCAUCAUGGAUGCGUUCCAGAUCAAGUGUUUUCAGUACGAAGAUAGUCUAAGGGCUCUAGACGCGAAGCGAGGAAUAGCAGGGUGGGACUUUGGCGCUUUCUUUCUUGCCAAAGAAAGACUGGCCUUGAUGUAUCAACAAAUGUGUCUGCAAGACGACGCGAUUCGACAUUUGGACGAGCUGGACGCAAUUUUUGUUAACUUGAGCGCAACAGAAAAGCAAGCGUUUCGACUCACCAACCGGAAAUCAUUUGAGCGGCACGACCCCAUUUUCACGCAGUCUCCGCUAACACUCGACCUUCACGAAGUCCAGGAGCUCAUUGCGUCGAAUCGCGCGUCAGCACGCCUUAUCUCACUCUAUUGUUUUUGUCGGCAGAUCCGCACACUUUAUGUAAUGGGUAAUUUUCCGCAGUUGUUAGAGCGUGCCAGCUCGUUUAUCGAGUUCUUCUUGACUGAAUUGAAAGAGUUGGUAGUGGAAGGCACUCUGAAUUGGCACCAACCCUUUUUGUGGGCGGCGGGCGCUUGCAUGGAAGUUUCACAUGCAUGUGAGUUGUCGUGGAGUGGCCGUGAUAGCGAAAAGAUGGCUUCCGACAUAUCUGUACAAGCGGCUCGAGCGAUCCCUGUUGAGGCGAUGUCUCGCGCUCUUGGAGGUGUGUUAUACCUUGCCCGGCGAUUGCUCAAGAGCGUUGCGAAACACAUCAGAAAUGAGAAUGAUCUUGGCGUGCCUUUGUCGAACAGAGCUAAUACAGAUGCUGCGGACGAGUCAAUAACUUGGUAUCAGCGACUAGAACGAGUAUUCUUGUCUCCAGAAUGGCAGCGGUCUGGAACUUGUGAUAUCUACGAGAAAUGCUUGUCAGAAGUUACACAUCUCGCCUCAGUGCACUUUUCACGGUCCGGACGCCAUCGUUUUGCUGUGUUCCUUGCAGUGAAGUGUGCACAGUAUCAUUUUGCGCGUGGAGAAUUUGAGAGUUCUUCGAAGCUACUGUGUGCACAUGCACGACAAAGUAGGGAAGAUGGAUGGUGGACUAUAUUCGAUGCUUGCGUGCGAAGUGCCUACCGAGCGGAGCUGGGCUUAGGACGAUCCACACAAGCGGCAGUGGCUUCCGUUAUUUUGUCGACUCUAGUGCAGGAAGGACAAGACAACGAGGGGAUGGCACAGCUUAUGGUUGCUCUUUUGGCUUGUGGCGGAGAUGGUAAAGGCGUUGUCUUGGAUGGAAAUUGCAGCAAUCUUGGUAGCGGUCCAAACGUUACUAUGAACGAACUGUUCAGGCCUAUGCUGGCAAUAGAGACAUGUCAGACGAGUGGAAGCGCACUAGGAGAAGGUGAUGUUUGUGUAACAUUGGCUAUCGCAAAUGAUUAUUCUGUGGGCGUACGAUUCGAUCGAGUUCGCGUCCGUUUUACAAGGACGACAGGUUUGUGCAAGAAUUCGGCCACAAACGGGUUGUCGCACUUCGAUAGUCCGAGAUGGAAUGAAGGUACCAAUGUUGACGCUUGUGUUGAGAACGGUAAUGGAAAGGCGUUGGAUGCCAAACUAGUUCACGAGACCGAUUGCCGCAGCUUCAACGGAACUUUUCAGGCCGAGUCGGCGAUAGCUUCUGGUGGCGUAGUCGAGAACGUCCGCGAGCAGAACAUUGAAUUACUACUGGAGAAAAGUGACGUUCACGUUAAUGAGAAAACGAGUGUUAACUUGGUGUUUCGACAUGCGGGCGUUCCGAUGGGGCAGUACACUUGCACAGGAACUGAAUGUGUCCUCGCUGGAAGCACGUUUUGCUUGCUCCCGUCCCGCGCGUUAUCUCUCGCUCGUUUUGAAAUUUGUGCCAAAGAGAGUAUAGUUAAAGUUGCCAUUCAUGGAGCCCCACUACUUGUGCCGCGACCAUUGCCAGAAGUGGAAACAGUUGUAGUCUCAAUUCAAGCGAGCCACGACCCGGUGGUGGACGGAGUUCUUGAAGUACGUGCUUUCAGACAAAUUGGCGGUCGCAACGUCAAUAGUUGUAUCAUGCAAGGUUGUGACGAAGUGGAAGAAGGCAAGAGCAGUAGUGUGGAAGAGCGUGGCAUUCAAUUGAUCGGCAUACAACUGGUUAAUGAGACGAAACUAGCUGACACAAAGUCACAUGAUGGCACCCAGAGUAACUACGUCGCACGUCACGAAGAGUCCAACAGUUUCCUGAGUAUUGCACUACCGAAAUUGCUUCGUGGCGAUUCACUCCGGUACACUGUAUCACUGGCGCUACCACACACUCUUUCCGCUGAUAGCAGCUCCGACGUAGCGGGUGAGGACGACAAUGCCAACCGUGUUAUUAUACAGGCAAGGGUACGAUAUCAACGGCAUCGCAUGGUGUCAAGUACUCUGACGACGGCUACCGAAGUACGCUGUGCAGAGUCGACCUUCCGUGCGCUACAGCCUUUGAAGGAGAUAGUGCGCCUCAAGCGUGUCGGCAUGAGAAUAUUCGUCUCCGUUGCACUCGUAUGCAACCGUUUCGUCUCCAUUGUCCUCCAAGAGUACCAGCUGCGAUGUCCUAUACAAAUUGGCAACCACUCUCCGCUUGUGACUGUGGAGCAUGACCCGAACGCAAAGUUACGAGGUACGACUCUGCACCCUAAUGACCGUCUGCAUCUUGCAUUCACUCUAGCGUGCUGCACCGAUUUCGAGAAGAAAGCUUUUGACAGCUACUGCUCACUUCAACUGGACGUCAAGUUCGGUGGCGACGAAACUUGGCUGAAGACCGUGACUGUACGUUUGCCGCUGACAGACGUUGAGGAAACCUGCUACCAGAUCGAUGUACUUCCAGAAGACCGAGACGACGUGCAGAUGUAUACCGGGGACAUUAUCGAGAUCUCUGCUAGCGAGCCUGUCACAUUUCAGGUUCGGGUUCACGAGGAAUUGACAAAGUCCAAUGAAGCCACCACGGCAAACAGCAGAUCCGCGCUAUACUUGCGUCUAGACGAAAGCAGCGAGCGCGACUGGAUUUUACUGGGGAAGCAGCUUGAGCGCUUUACUUUCGACCCGUGCUCAGGGAGCCACGAUGAUGAUCGUCGGCGCGAGUUCAGGACACAGAAAAGGUUGUUAGCCACUCGGUCAGGUCUAUUGCGCUUUCCCGCUUUUUGUCUCGAGGUCAGCGGCAACGCGAUCCCGGCUGCACGUGUAUACUGCCAACAGAGCUGUCGUCAAGUAUUUGCGAGCGAAUAA